CAAAGCCAGCGACCAGUCAGCCAGAUGCCAGGGAAGAGACACAGGGAGGCCCGGGUCAGGAGGGGGCCAGCAUCACACAGGCAGAGAAAAGAGGAGGAGGGAGUCUAGAGAGGCUGUUAAUGGUGGGGGAUGAAAUACAGGAAGAAAGAGAGGAGACCAUAGCAGCCUCAGGUAGGUCUCGCCGUGCGGCCAACAGACACCCCCACUUCUCCCAGUACAACUACCAGGUGCAGGUAGCAGAGAACCAGCCUUCCGGCUCUUCGGUCAUGGCCAUGUCUGCCCAGGACCCAGACCCAGGAGACCCAGGCAGGGUCAGCUACAGCAUGGCCCCCCUUAUGAACAGCCGCUCCACUGACUACUUCCACAUCGACCCUGACACCGGCCUCAUCACCACCUCACAGGUGUUGGAUCGAGAGCACAUGGACCUGCACUACUUCCGAAUCACGGCGACAGACCACGGGUCGCCACGCCUAUCCGGAACCACCAUGGUGGCAAUCACCGUGGCCGACCGCAACGAUCACUCGCCCGUCUUUGAGCAGACAGAGUACCGGGAGACCAUCCGGGAGAACGUGGAGGAGGGCUAUCCCAUACUCCAGCUGCGGGCCACUGACCUAGACGCCCCGUCCAAUGCCAACAUCCGUUACCGCUUCAUCGGAGACACGGUGGCCGCCGCCCGCGCCGCUUUUGAGAUCGACCCUCGCUCGGGGCUGAUCACCACUCGCGGCGCCGUCGACCGGGAGUCCAACGAGCGCUACACGCUGCAGGUGGAGGCCAGCGACCAGGGCAAGGAGCCAGGGCCGCGCUCUGCCACCGUGAAAGUCUUCAUCACGGUUCUGGAUGAGAACGACAACGUCCCCCAGUUCAGUGAGAAGCGCUACGUGGUGGCGGUCAGGGAGGACGUGCGGCCUCACACGGAGAUCCUGCGAGUCAGCGCGACCGACCUGGACAAGGACAGCAACGCCGCCGUCCACUACAACAUCAUCAGCGGCAACAGCCGCGGCCAGUUCUCCAUCGACAGCGUGACGGGCGAGAUCCAGGUGGUGGCGCCGCUGGACUUUGAGGCGGAGCGGGAGUACACCCUGAGGGUGCGGGCGCAGGACAACGGGCGCCCGCCGCUCUCCAACAACACGGGCAUCGUCAGCGUGCAGGUGACGGACGUCAACGACAACCCGCCCAUCUUUGUGUCCACGCCGUUCCAGGCGUCGGUGCUGGAGAGCGCCCCCGUGGGCUCGUCCAUCCUGCACAUCCAGGCCAUCGACACCGACUCGGCCGACAACGCCAGGCUGGAGUACCGCCUCACGGGCACCAGUCCCGACACCCCCUUCGUCAUCAACGCCGCCACCGGCUGGGUGACCGUCAGCUCCGCCCUCGACCGCGAGUCGGUGGAGCACUACUUCUUCGGCGUGGAGGCGCGCGACUACGGAGCGCCCCCUCUCUCCGCCACGGCGAGCGUCACCAUCACGGUGAUGGACGUGAACGACAACCGUCCCGAGUUCCUGCAGAGGGAGUACUUCGUCAGGCUGAACGAGGACGCGGUGGUCGGCACCAGCGUGGUCAGCGUGACGGCCAUCGACCGCGACGUCAACAGCGCCGUCACCUAUCAGAUCACGGGGGGGAACACCAGGAACCGGUUUGCCAUCAGCACCGCCGGAGGGGCGGGGCUUCUGUCCCUGGCGCUGCCGUUGGACUACAAGCAGGAGCGGCGCUACGUCCUCACGGUCACCGCCUCGGACCGCACCCUCCACGACACCUGCCAGGUGCACGUCAACAUCACAGACGCCAACACCCACCGGCCCGUGUUCCAGAGCGCCCACUACUCGGUGAGCGUGAACGAGGACAAGCCUCCCGGCAGCACCGUGGUGGUGAUCAGCGCCACCGACGAUGACGUGGGCGAAAACGCCCGCAUCACCUACUUCCUGGAAGACAACAUCCCGCAGUUCCGCAUCGACCCUUCGAACGGCGCCAUCACGCUGCAGGCCGAGCUGGACUACGAGGACCAGAUGACCUACACGCUCGCCAUCACCGCCCGGGACAACGGCAUCCCGCAGAAGUCCGACACCACCUACGUAGAGGUCAACGUCAACGACGUCAAUGACAACUCACCCCAGUUCCUCAGCCCGCGCUACCAGGGCACGGUCACCGAGGACGCCCCGCCCUUCACCAGCGUGCUCCAGAUCUCCGCCACCGACCGGGACGCGCACGCCAACGGGCGUGUCCAGUACACCUUCCAGAACGGCGAGGACGGGGACGGCGACUUCACCAUCGAGCCCACCUCCGGUAUCGUCCGCACCGUGCGCCGCCUGGACAGGGAAAGCGUCCCGUUCUACGAGCUGACGGCGUACGCCGUCGACCGCGGCAUCCCGCCCCAACGCACCCCGGUCCACAUCCAGGUGACGGUUCUGGACGUGAACGACAACGCCCCCGUGUUCCCGGCGGACGACUUUGAGGUCCUGGUGAAGGAGAACAGCGCGGUGGGCUCCGUGGUGGCCCAGAUCACCGCCACAGACCCGGACGAAGGCGCCAACGCCCAGAUCAUGUACCAGAUCGUGGAGGGGAACAUCCCGGAGAUCUUCCAGAUGGACAUCUUCUCCGGGGAGCUCACCUCGCUCAUCGACCUGGAUUACGAGGUGCGGUCCGAGUACGUCAUCGUGGUCCAGGCCACCUCGGCUCCGCUGGUGAGUCGUGCCACCAUACGGAUCCGUCUGGUGGACCAGAACGACAACCGUCCACAGCUCCAGGACUUCCAGAUCAUCUUCAACAACUUCGUGUCCAACCGGUCCAACAGCUUCCCCAGCGGGGUGAUCGGACGAGUGCCGGCCCACGACCCGGACGUGACGGACCGCCUCUACUACACCAUCGACCGGGGCAAUGAGCUGCACCUGCUGCUGCUCAACCACACCAGCGGGGAGAUCCGCCUCAGCCGCAAGCUGGACAACAACAGACCCCUGGUGGCUCCCAUGGUCAUCACCGUCACAGACGGGGUCCACAGCAUCUCGGCCCAGUGCGUGCUGCGCGUCCUCAUCAUCACCGAGGACAUGCUUAGCGGCAGCGUCACCGUGCGGCUCCAGAACAUGUCCCAGAACCACUUCCUGUCCCCUCUGCUGGGCCACUUCCUGGAGGGCGUGUCGGCCGUGCUGUCGGUGCCGGUGGAGGACGUGUUUGUGUUCAACAUCCAGCCUGACCUGGAGGCCGGGGGCAUCCUCAACGUCAGCUUCUCAGCCGCGCUGCCUGGAGGUCACUACUUCCCCUCGGAGGCCCUGGAGGAACAGCUGUACCUCAACAGGCCCCGCCUCACCGCCCUGGCCCAGAUGGAGGUUCUCCCUUUCGACGACAACGUGUGUCUACGCGCGUGCCAGAACUACAUGAAGUGCAUCUCCGUGCUGCGCUUCAACAGCUCCGCUCCCUUCAUCUCCUCCCCCUCCAUCCUGUUCCGCCCCAUCCACCCAAUAGCAGGGCUGCGCUGCCGCUGCCCCGCCGGCUUCACGGGGGACUACUGUGAGACGGAGAUCAACCUGUGCUACUCCAACCCCUGCCUCAACGGAGGGGUGUGCGCUCGGAGGGAGGGGGGCUACACCUGCAUCUGCCGAGAGGACUACACAGGUUUCAUGAAUAUGAUAGACCACCAGUGCCCCAGAGGCUGGUGGGGGUCUCCUACAUGUGGACCCUGCCACUGUGACGCCAUGAAGGGCUUUGACCCAGACUGCAACAAGACCAGCGGACUCUGCCACUGCAAGGAGUUCCACUACCGCCCACGAGGCAGUGACUCCUGCCUGCCGUGUGACUGCUACCCAGUUGGUUCCUUCUCGCGGACAUGUGACCCCGAGAACGGCCAAUGCCAGUGCAGGCCCGGGGUGAUUGGCCGACAGUGCAACACCUGCGACAACCCCUUCGCUGAGGUCACACAGACUGGCUGCGAGGUGAUCUACGAUGGCUGUCCUAAGACCAUCACCCAGGGGAUCUGGUGGCCCAGGACCAAGUUCAACCUUCCAGCUGCUGUGCCCUGCCCAAAAGGAUCAGUUGGUGCAGCUAUCAGACACUGUGAUGUGGAGAGAGGCUGGCUGGAGCCUGACCUCUAUAACUGCACCUCCCCUCCCUUUGUGGAGAUCAACACAGCUCUGGAGGCGGUGGAGCGUAAUGAGACAGAGCUCAACACCAUCAUGGAAAAGAAGCUGGCCCACCAACUCCGUGACGUCACCGAGGUCACGCCCCGUCUCUACGGCAACGACCUCCAGAUCGCCGAGCGCCUGCUGUCGCGCCUCCUGACCUUCGAGGGGAUGCAGACAGGCUUCGGGCUGACGGCCACCCAGGACGCGCACUUCAACGAGAACAUUGUGCGGGCCUGCAGUGCGCUGCUGGGUCCAGCCAGCGCUGGGCUAUGGAGGACCCAGACCCAGACCCAGACCCAGGGAGGGGUAGCCGGCCUGGCCGACCUGCUGGAGCAGUAUGCCCAGACCCUGGCCCAGAACAUGAAGCUCACCUACCUCAACCCUGUUGCCCUGGUCACACCCAACAUCGUGAUGAACCUGGACCGGGUGGAGAACCACACACACGUCCGUAAGCGGUUCCCUCGGUACCACAGCCCUCUGUUCCGCGGCCAGGCCCUGUGGGACCCUCACACACAUGUGGUGCUGCCCCCUGGUGCCCUGGUGCCACAACGAAACUCCUUUGUACAGAACUCUGUUCCCGCCCCUGUCAGCAUCUCGGCCAAUCAGACGGGCGAGUACACCUCGGCCAGACGUUCUCUUUCGCUGUCCGAGCCACCUGUAACAAUAGUCAUCAUGUUGAUCUAUCGCAGUCUGGGGGCGGCCCUCCCUCCCAAAUACCACACAGACAGACGUGGGGUCAGGUUACCCAGACACCCUGUCAUGAACUCUCCUGUGGUCAGUGUGUCCGUCUACAACAACCAGACCUUCGUGGGCGGGCACCUGGACUCGCCCCUCCUCCUGGAGUUCCGUCUCCUGGAGACAGCCAAUCGCAGCAAGCCGCUGUGUGUGCAGUGGAACCACAGCAGUCCGUUGGAGGUGGGAGGCUGCUGGACAGUGAGAGACUGUAUUGUUGUGUACAGGAACAUGUCUCACGUGCGUUGUCAGUGUCAGAGACUGGGAACCUUUGGAGUGCUGAUGGACAGCUCCCAGAGAGAGCAGCUGGAGGGGGACCUGGAGACCCUGGCCCUGGUGUCCUACUCCAGCCUGUGUUUGUCCAUGCUGGCCCUGCUGCUGACCGUCCUGGUGCUGUCCUGCCUCCGCGGCCUCAAGUCCAACACGCGCAGCAUCCACUCCAACACAGCAGCUGCCAUGCUGCUCUCCCAGCUGGUCUUCCUGCUGGGGGUCAACCAGAUCGAGCAGCAGUUCCUGUGUACGGUGGUGGCCAUCUUGCUGCACUACUUCUUCAUGGCCACGUUCGCCUGGAUGUUUGUGGAGGGGCUGCACAUCUACCGCAUGCAGACAGAGGCUCGCAACAUCAACUAUGGAGCCAUGAGGUUCUACUAUGCUAUAGGCUGGGGGGUGCCCGCCAUCAUCACUGGUCUGGCAGUGGGGCUGGACCCCGAGGGUUAUGGAAACCCAGACUUCUGCUGGAUCUCCAUCUAUGACAAGCUGCUGUGGAGCUUCGCUGGACCCAUCGCCAUCGUCAUCCUGAUGAACGGGGGCAUGUUCCUGACCGUGGCCAAGAUGUCCUGCAACCCCUCCCAGAAGGAGACCAAGAAGCUCCCAGUCAUUGCUACCAUCCGCAGUGCCUUCCUGCUCCUGCUCCUAGCUACCUCCACCUGGUUCUUCGGCCUCAUGGCCGUCAACAACAGCGUCCUGGCCUUCCACUACCUUUUCAACGCCCUCUGCUUACUGCAGGGUCUGACUGUGUUCCUGGUGUUCACGGUGCUGAACUCAGAGGUGCAGGAGGCCUGGAAGCUGGUGUGUCUGGGCAAGAAGAGCCCUAGUGAAGACCCUCCCCGAGCCCCCCAGAUCACCGGUCAGAACCCCUACAACAACACGUCUCUGCUGGAGCAGAGUGGACUCCACCGCAUCACCCUGGGAGCCUCCACCAUCUCCUCAGUCAGCAGUGCCCGAGAGAACCUGCUGGCUCGCCAGACUCUGGAACACACCCUGGGUCACACCGGCGCCACGGAUCUGGACGUGGCCAUGUUCCACAGAGACGGAGGUGAGGAUUCAGACUCAGACUCAGACCUCUCCCUGGAGGAGGAGCGUAGUCUCUCCAUCCCCUCCUCCGAGAGCGAGGACAACGUCCGCCUCCGGGGGCGUAUCCAGCGCCGCUUCAAAAGGACCAAUCAGAGCGAGCGGCUGCUCACGGAGCCCGCCCACAACGGCACCAAAGACCUAGACGGCAAUGACCUGCUCUCCUAUUGGCCAGCUCUGGAGGAGUGUGAGGCGCACUCCCUGCAGAAGUGGGGCUCGGAGCGUCGCCUAGGGCCGGACUACAGCAAAGACGCCGCCAACAACAACCAGGCAGACGCAGCGCUGACUAGCGGAGAUGAGAACGGCCUGACCCAGCCCAACCGCCACCGCAAGGGUAUUCUGAAGAACCGUAUUGGCUGCCCCCCGGCCCUCCAGGGCCUGUCUACCAUGGGCCGGGUCCCCAGUGAGCUGUCCUGGUACCGGACCUCCACCCUGGGCCACCGCGGCGUCCCCGCAGCCUCCUACGGACGCAUGUACUCAGGCACGGGCUCGCUGUCCCAGCCGGCCUCCCGCUAUUCCUCCAGGGAGCAGCUGGACUCCCUGGCCCGCAGACAGCUCUCCAGGGACCCUCUGGGUCGCCAGGCUGGGGGCGGCUCUCGGGACCGCCUGGACCGCCAGGGCUCCAGGGACAACCUGGAUCUGCUGCCCCGCCGCCGGGAGCCCGGCCUGGGCCCUGGUCCGGGCUUGGGCCUGGACCAGCGAGCGUCUAGAGAGAACCUGAGUGGAUCCAGAGACAGACUGGAGUUCCAGCACAGCGCCCACGCCUCCAGGGAGGACCUGAGUGGGGCGGGGGGGCUGGGGGGAGAGCUGGGGGGGUCCCGCUCGCAGCUGAACACGCUGACGCGCCGGCAGGCCACCUCCCGGGAGCACCUGGGGGGGGCCCUGAUGAGCAGCCGCUCUAGAGAUCAGCUGGACGCCAACGGGGGCGGCGUCCAAUCGCAGCCCUGCAGGGAGUGGCUCCGCACCCUGCCCCCGCGCCAGCCGUCGCACCCCGACCAGCCCCCCUCCUCGGAACCCCCACCCCCCAUCAGCGAAGAGCCCCAGGAGCCCCUCUCCCUGCGCUCUCGUGGUCGCCUGGACUCCGCCCCGCCGUGUAGGUACCCCCCCGGCUCCAGCCCCGCUCCUGGCGCCCCCCCCAGCCGCCACCCGUCCAGCGAGCACCUGGACAUCCUGUCCUCCAUCUUGGCUUCCUUCAGCUCCUCUGUCCUGACCCCCCCCAACCCCUCUGCACAGGGCCCCUCCCCCUCCCCGCCCCACUCCGCCACCUCGCACAGCAUCUCCGAGGUGUCCCCCGACUCAGAAAUCAACAGGAGCGAAGGACAGUCUUGAUGGCAGCCUCCAUAUCCCACAAUGCAUUGCGUCUCUGAUUUAGAACCAAUGACGAUACAGGGUUUGGCUAAGGUCAGAGGUCAGUUAGAUACCCUGGACUGCUGAGGCAACCUGGGAUAACGGAGGACUGACACGUGAGGAUGAAGAGACAGUGGUGGAUACUUUGUGAGGUUGUGAGUUUGGCUCUCAGGCCAUGUGUAGUGAUGUGGAGCAUAGGGAGUGAGGGAAGCUACCUCUGCCAUUACUGACAACACAAACUUUAACCCUCACCAUUUCUUAAUGGGAACAGAAGGAGUUGGCGAGAAUAAAUAAAUUAAGGCCGGAAAAAAGAAAAGAAAAAUAAGUCGAAGCUGUACAUAACGUUUUUUAUACAUUUUGUAUCUUUUUUCAUCAGAGAUGAAGAAAACGAAAUCUCUUGUGAUGUUUUUGAAGAUUAUGUCGACGUAAGGUUGUGAGAGAGCUGUGUGAGUGGCAUCUGUUGCAAGAGGGAGAAAAUCCCUCAAAAUCAAUCCCAAACUCUGAGACCAUUUUAUCCCUGAUAACCUUUUUCCUAAACCUUAAACCCAACCCCAUCACACUGUGUAUAGAACAGAAGAAAAGAACAGGGCUUGGUCAGUGCUGAUUGGAUGAAAUAAUGAGACGUUAUGUGAUUGGAAGGCAGUAACAGGGGGGUGGGGAGAUUGUACAUAGGAUGGAUUAUAAGACGAGAGGCUUGACUGAACAAAUGAUUGUGAAGUGUAAGAUAACUAACUAACCACCUACAGCUGAUAUGACAAUAAGGUAAUUGGGUUGAUCCAUUUUUAUUCAAUACUGGCUCUGAUAUAGUGCAGUCUGGAUAGAAGUAUCAAUGUAAUUCUCACUGAAUCUGAAUGUUAAUGAUCUAUUUGACCAACAUCCAGUCUUUCUAUAAAUACUACAAAGAACCACAUA